GGGGGGAAUGUUGACGGUGUAACACCAGGCUGGAGAACCACUGGGCGCCGCUCGCUCGCUUCGCUUCACUGUGAAUUCGUUUUUUUGUUUUAAGCUUCAGCGGCUUCAGUUUUUUAAUAAACUAACUGAUAUUCGAUUUCACCGUCAAUGAGUCGCAGGGGAGGCAGCGAUGACGAAGGCAGCCGGAAGCGCAGAGUCGCGUACGUCUACAGCUCGGACUUCAUCCGGACCUGCGACACUUUGUCCAAAGUGCCGAACCGGGCGCGUAUGGUUCACUCGCUGAUCGAAGCCUACGGGCUGCUGGGACACAUGAGCGUUGUGAAGCCUUGUGUCGCCUCCAUCGAGGAAAUGGCCAAGUUCCACACAGACUCCUACCUGGAGCAUCUUCACAAGAUCAGCCAGGACGGAGACAACGACGACCCCCAGUCGGGCGACUACGGUCUGGGUUACGACUGUCCCGUGGUGGAAGGGAUAUACGACUACGCGGCGUCGGUAGGGGGCGCCACACUGACCGCGGCUCAGUGUCUGCUUGACCAGAACAGCGACGUGGCCAUCAACUGGGCUGGAGGUUGGCACCACGCGAAGAAGGACGAGGCGUCGGGUUUCUGCUACGUGAACGAUGCCGUGUUGGGAAUCCUGAAGCUGAGGGAGAAAUUCGAGCGAGUGCUCUACGUAGACGUCGACCUCCAUCACGGAGACGGUGUGGAAGACGCCUUCAGCUUCACAUCCAAAGUCAUGACCGUCUCUCUGCACAAGUUCUCCCCUGGAUUCUUCCCAGGUACAGGUGACCUGUGUGACACCGGGCUGGGUAAAGGCCGCUGGUACGCCGUCAACGUCCCGCUGGAGGACGGCAUCAAAGACGACAGAUACUUCCAGAUUUUCACCAGCGUGAUGCAGGAAGUGCGGUCGCAGUUUAACCCGGAGGCGGUGGUGAUGCAGCUGGGCGCCGAUACGAUGGCGGGCGACCCCAUGUGCUCCUUUAACAUGACCCCGGUGGGAGUGGGCAAGUGCCUGCAGCACGUCCUGCAGUGGCAGCUCCCCGCGCUGCUGCUGGGAGGAGGAGGUUAUAACCUGGCUAAUACGGCUCGUUGUUGGACCUAUCUGACGGCAGCGGUUCUGGGAAAGACUCUCUCCUCCGAGAUACCAGACCACGAGUUUUUUACAAAAUACGGACCAGACUACUCUCUGGAGAUCAGCCCGAGCUGUCGACCCGACCGCAACGACACCAAACACCUGGACCAGGUCGUCAGCACCAUCAAAGGGAAUUUAAAGAAUGUGGUUUAGGAGCCUGGCGGCCUCCUCCACACACACACACACACACACACACACACACACACACACUCCAUGUUUCCAAACCAGGUCGAUGCUCGGUGGCUUUAAUGAAGACAAUAUGGAGCGGACCCCUUCGGCCCCGAGGCACGGAGCGAACGAGGGAGGGAUGAAGGGAGCGAGAGGGAAGGUUUUGGAAAACAUUAGCUGAGUGUUUCCAGGGAAAACAGUUUAAUAAGGGGGGGGGGGGGGGGGUGGUGAUGUGGUCCCUGUGCUCCGUUCACUGUCUUUAAUUUCUUUUGUUGUUUUUCUUUUCUUUUCUUUUUUAAAGCUACAGUACGUGUGUUUUUGGGUGAAUGACAGAUUUUUUUUUUACAGUGUGUUCAGUGUGGUUAUGUUAAACUGAACUACAAGUUGAACAUUUUGAACUAAAUGGAGAAACAGAUCUUUCAGGUGUCCGGUUCUGUGUUCACCUCGGUGCUGCUGUGAUUUCAACCCCCUGAGGACAGGAGAGCUCUAAAACAGACAGAAACGACAGACGGCCCCCAACGCUCCAGGGUUCUGCCCGGCUCUGGAAAGUCCUGAAAAGUAUGUGGAACGUCCAAAAAACACUCGAGACGGUUUACAAACAAAAGGGUCUGAAAAAAGUUUUGGGGGAAAACAGCCGGUUAGAGAUUUGAAGUUUGCUUGCUCAGCCACGUCGUUUUUUGACCUCUGGGCAAAAAAAACAGCAAAUUAAACAUCUGGAUGGACUUUGGAAUUUUAAAUGGAAGAUAUAUGUAGGGAAAGUUGAACAAUAAGAAAGCUCACAUGGACUUAGGAGGAUUUAGACAGAGAGAGAGAGAGAGAGAGAGAGAAUUCCCAAACUGCUGCAUGUUUCUCCAGGACGACUGGAAAUGAAAAUAUUUCCCAUUCUGUGUGUUUGUCAUGAUAAACCAUAUGGCCUUGACACUAAAGAUGAGUGUGAUCCUGUAAUAACUUCAUCUAAACCGUGUCUUUAACUUUGAUGGAAAUCUGGGAAAUAUGAGAGGAAAGCUGACCUCCGAAAUGGAAAAAUGAUGGAUCCCAGUAGCUAGAAUCAGCGGAGGACAAGCCUCCGCCAAGGACCAACAGUUCCUAAAAAAAGUUCCAAGAAUGACUCCCUGGGAAAUCUGUGAAAACUUGCAAUAUUAAAGUAUGAUUUUUUUUUAAAAUCCUGGAUCCCAGGCCCCCUUGUCCCGAUUCAAACCCAAAAUUUUAUGGAUUCUUUUCUUGGACCUUUGUCCCAAACUCCCACCAAGUUUUCCGUUUGGUUGUUUUUGUGGAAUUUUUGUGAUGAUGCUCACAGACAAUAAAUGUGAAAGAGGGUAAAUUAAGCUAAAGUUUAAAGAUUUGUGUUUGAGAAGUUUGGAAAAAUGUUGUCCCGUCCAAUCGCUGUCCCCAAAUCCUCCCGAUGAAGCAUGUGGGAAGAAAUCCGACAGAAAAGUUUGUAACAUUAUUUGGAUCAAAUAAUAUGAAAGACUGUAUUGGUCAGUUUAUUGAAAAGUUCAUAUUUGACCAUAGAAAAAGUUUGAUGUCCGAACUCAAGGUCUUGACGGGCUGUUUUCUCCCCCGAGCUUUCCACUUCAUGUUGGAGUUCUCCUCCGCCUCCAACAACUCCACCAGCUGUAGGAUUUGGUCAACAGCUCCAGAAAAAAGUGGAGUCACUUGAGUCAAGGGCUUUUUGUCAUGUUACUAUAAAACAUUCUCUGGCCUCCUGCAGGCAGAAGUCGCCGUUUUAGGUUCACAUCUCAAAACUUAUUUGGGGUAUUUCUUAUGUUCUUGCACAUGUUUUCUUAUAAUCCACACAAAAGGGUUUUUUUAAGUUAUUCCGACAAACAUUUAAUCGUCAAUAUUUGUACGCGACAACAUUUUUCACUAAACUGCAAACUCACUCACUGUCGUCCGACCAAAAUUGUCAUGUCCACCGCAGACAAACAUAACAUGUUUUUAAUCUAUUGUAAGAAAAUUGAAAGGAAAUACAUGUAAACAGUUUGUCUUCUCUGUGUCCUGAUGAACAAACCACAGGACGUUUGUUGGAAUAAAAGACGUGAGCGCA